GAUAGACAACUUCUGUAACAUGAUAUCAUGAUGUUGAAAGCAGGUAGUUUUUCCUCUUUCUGCUGUAAGAUAAUGGGAUCAUUGUGUGUGAGUGAGUGUGCGUGUGGUUUCAGAUGUAUAAAUAAGCAUUGCCUGCUCUGAAACGUCACACACAGUCAUGGAUUGCUUGACACUUUGCUUCUUCCACCUGAUGGUGUUGUUAACUCUCACCGAUGCACAAUCCGGGGCAACCACUGCAGGUACAAUAACGGGCUGUGCAGGUCCACCAGUGCUGUGCUGCUCUGGUCAAAACGGCAACUGUUGGAGGGGGUGUUUCUGUGACGAUUUCUGCUCAGUAUUCAAUGAUUGCUGUGCAGACUACCGCUCCACCUGCACAUCUUCGGCCACUGCACCCCCGAGCAGAUUCCGCACAUCAACAAGCACCACUACGUCUACGACGGCCAAUAUCAUCACAACCUUGAGAACCAUAGUCUCUUCAACAACAGCUGCUCCCACGACAACAAGCAGCAGUAGAACAUCUGCACCUCUGAAUGUGAGCAGCACCUCAGCAUCCGUAGAGUCUGCUGCCACAGCAACCAGCCAAACCAGCAACACCACCACACCCACACCAGCAGAUAACAGCACCACUUUAUCAGCCUCUGUAACGACAUCUUCAGCCACCUCACCCGAUACAACAUCUACACCUGCACAUGUGAGCACAACCACAGCAUCUACUGCACACAACACAACCAACAGCAACACUACCCUGACGCCUGCAUCCACUCUCUCCAAUACAACAAACAGUAGCAUAUCUACACCAGUAGAUGGCAGCACGUCCUCAUCUACAACACACUACACAACAAACAGCAGUACGUCUACACAGACAAAUGUCACCACAGCGGCAUCAAGCAGUACAUCUACACCUGCAUAUGGACUCACACCUUCAGGAUCCACAGCCUCUACUGCAACAGCAGGAACAACACUGUCAGAGACCAGUGCUACUCUGGGAACUAGUAGUGUCACAUCUUCACCAGUAGAGGGAACCACGUCCUCAUCUACAACCUCUGCUUCUACAACACACUACACAACAAACAGCAGUACGUCUACACAGACAAAUGUCACCACAGCGGCAUCAAGCAGUACAUCUACACCUGCAUAUGGACUCACACCUUCAGGAUCCACAGCCUCUACUGCAACAGCAGGAACACAACUGUCAGAGACCAGUGCUACUCUGGGAACUAGUAGUGUCACAUCUUCACCAGUAGAGGGAAGCACAUCUGAUGUGUCCACCAUGAACACAGAUUCCCAGAUGACCAGCAGCUCACAUAAAGUGACUGUUCACCUAAGAGCUUCUGUUUUAUCACAUAGUGAAGAAAACGAAGAUGUGAUUUCAGAGGCUGUAUCGAAUCUUCUGACCCAGAUCUUUCUGCAGCAGAAAUGUGAUGACUGCACCGUGGCCAUCAAAAGCAUCAAACUCACCUAACACAGCAUAUGCCGAGAAAACGGAAGCAUGAAUGUGGCUUCUGUCCAACGAAGACGGGCUCCACAACUGUUAAAGAUCAGAGGCUACGUUUCACAUAUCUAUUCAGCACUAUCUGCACUACAUGACGUUAGGAAAUGAGCCAAAACCAAAGGAACGCGGUGCUGUUAAACUGAAGAGGCUCUUUUACGUGGUAUUUAAAGGACGGGAGUAAGUAAAAGGUUAAUUAUACUGCAAGUGGUGGUUAUGGCCCAUUUAAACCACAGAGGUCAGUGAAAAUAAGUCAAACAAUGUGGGGAUGGUUCGAGUCAACAGGUCAUCUCCUGAGAAGGUGCAGAGUAAAACAACCUGAGGGACAAGUUAACUAAAUCACAUUUGAAGAACUGUUUCACUGUGGUGGAAGAAAACAAAUCAAUCAAUCUGUUGAUUAUAUUCUUGACUGAUUAUUUUGGUUAAUAAAAUGUCAGAAAAUGG